AUGGAACCCAACAAUUCAAUCAAUCACAUCGACGAUGAUGGUGAUCAGAACUUAUUUCCAAUCGAUUCAACACAAGUAAUCACACCAAUCGAUUCAACACAACUAAACCCUCUUUCUGAAUCAUCAGACGUUCUUGAUCGAUUCCGUCCCAAGACUUACAAUUCCUCAAAAUUCUCGGCCCUUUGCUCUUUAAAAAAAAAGCAGGGCUCUCACGAUAGGACAAAUGCAGGGAAAGUUUCAAAUGGUGGUUGUCCGACAUACUGGCUAUGCAAUACAGCAGAGGUGAAGUUCCUUGAUUUCUGCCAAAAAAAAAAAGCAAUCCCUAAAUUUACAAUGUAUCAAGUUGCAGUCAAUGUGUAUGCCUUUAGUGACAAGUACACUGAUAUAGCUUUGCAAGCUUGCAUUCUGCAUGGGAUUAGAAUCACUGCUCGUUUAAGAUUUCAAUUUUCCAGAGAAACCACUCAUCAUAAUUUAAAAAAGUCUUUGUUUGGCAGCUUGGACAAACUUGUAGCACCCGAUCGUCCAUGCCUCACUCUUGGACAUGAGUAUGGGCACAUCAUGGAACAUUUAAGGGUAGUUGUUGGUCUUCCUCUUGGUGAUCCAUCAAUGAAGUGGCCAACUUGCAUCAUAUAUGAUUUCACACUUGGAUGUGAUGCCACAGUUGGAUACGAUGUGACAAUUGGAUGUGAUGACACAUUUGCAUGCGAUGGAACACUUGGAUGUGAUGGCACACUUAGAUAUGAUGACACACUUGGAUGUAAUGUCACGUUUGGAUGUGAUGGCACACUUGGAUAUGAUGAUACAUCUGGAUUUGAUAGCACACUUGGAUGUGAUGGCACAUUUGGAUGUGAUGAAACACUUGAAAAAGUUCUAUUCAUAGGAGGCACCACUCAAUGGUACCACAAAGAUGUUCCAUGCAUAGGAGGUGCCGCAAUAUGA